AUGUUGGUCUCUUUUGAACAGGGUGAAUUCACACACUCGAACAGCCAUGCUGGGGUGCAUGACAGAGCUAAGCACUGUAAGCAUCCUCGGGUGCCAAAUCCUGGUGGAGUGCAUUUCGACUGCUUAUACCGUGGUAUUACAGCGGUGUCAAGUCGAGAAUCUAAACUCUUGGCUGGAAAUCGCAUCAUUGCACAGGUACGCGUGUAUGAUCUUGCAUCCAUGUCAUGUUCCUAUGUAUUGGCAGGUCAUACCGUGAUUGUUCUAUGCCUUGAUACAUGCGUAACAAGAUCUGGAGGAACACUUAUUGCGACAGGAAGCAAAGACAAUAGUGUUAGGUUAUGGGACUCCGAGAGCAGAAGUUGCAUUGGGGUUGGCAUAGGUCAUAACGGAGCUAUUGCUUUUUCAAAGAGCAAGCGGAACUUCUUUGUUAGUGGUAGUAGUGACCGUACCCUCAAAGUGUGGAGUUUAGAUAGUCUUGCUGAUGAUGCGGAAGAAGCUUCUAAUUUGAAAGCAAAAGCAGUUGUAGCAGCCCAUGAUAAGGAUAUAAAUUCUUUGGCUGUUGCACCAAAUGACAGUCUUGUAUGUAGUGGUUCCCAGGACCGCACUGCAUGCUUAUGGCCUCUUCCAGAUCUAGUAUUUUUGGUGGCACUUAAAGGACACAAAAGGGGGAUCUGGUCUGUAGAGUUUUCUCCUGUUGAUCAAUGUGUUAUAACAGCAUCUGGAGAUAAGACAAUAAAGAUAUGGGCUAUAUCUGAUGGUUCAUGUCUAAAGACAUUUGAAGGGCACACAUCAAGUGUUACUAGGGCAUCAUUCAUUACUCGUGGGAUUCAGUUUGUUUCAUGUGGUAAUGUUGCCUGCAACUGCAAGUCUGGCUUUGUUGUUACUCUGAUGCUUUAG